UAAAAUAUGCCUUUAGUUGUAAACAAUUCCAGGGACAAAAAGCUAUCGAUAUUUUCUCCCAGUCCAUCCCUUACCGAGCCAGCUCCAAUCAGACCGAUUCUCCCGCUCGAAUUUAAUUUUUCCGGAAAAUAAACAUAUCUUAAUUCGAAAUAUGUUCGAGCCCGAAACGGAAGAUAUGUUGCCACGAUCCGCUCCCAGGCCCAGUGCGGCUGUUCCUAUCGGCCAUACCAAUGAAAUAAUCCGACCCACAGUGCCAGAGGUGUCCAUAUUGUUCGGCCAGCCGCCGCAGCAGCAAGAGCCGUUGAUGCAGAUGCAGAUGCAGACUGCACAGGAGCAAGCUCCACGUCCUGAGCCCACUUUUGCCUCCUGGAAGAAGCAAAUGCUGCCCCGAGUCAACUUUUCACCCAUUCUAACCACAGAACUGGGACCACGCCCUGCGCCCACCAGCUGCAUGAACAACAACUUGGUUGCUUCCUCCAACGAGUACGUUGUAAUCCCCAGAGACCGUCACUACGCUAAUGAAGUAGCACCGUGUGCCAGUAGCUCUGUAGGAAUGUACAGCGAGUCCAAGAAGCAUCAGUUCCAACAGGCUCGACGUUUGUCUGCUCCGUCCAACUCGGAUGUUCUAACGAUUUGUGCUGGUACACAGACGGAUGCCGUGAAUCUAACGUCUCCACGAACUUCGUUGCCCUCGGUGGUCUACUCGGACAUUGAUGUUAGCAAUCUGGUGAAUAAAAACGACCUGGCGACUGUGGUGUCGCUUCUGGAAACCAUGCGGCAGGAGCAGCAGCAGUUGAGGCGUCUCUGCGAGACUCUAUUGAAGGAACAGCAGGCUAAGGUUGAAGCUGUAUCAAAACCCAGCAGGGCAACUGCUAGCCAGUGCGAUAUUUUGACGUCGUCUAAUAAUAAUAAUCAUGGCAAGCGCAUAACACCCACUGUCCAGGACUACAUAGUUGAGGAGGAGGAGCCUCCAGCACGUGUGAUUCCCCAGCAGUUUCAAUCACCGCGACCCACUCCGCCCAUGGCUCAGUCUACAGGCUAUCGGGCAAAUACACCCCAAGGCACAGCCAAGCGGAUUCCUCAGCUUGCCAAACCAAACACUGAGAAGAGCAUGGUGAUGAACGAGUUGGCACUCAAGUACCUGCGGCAGCCCGUCGACGAACUGAUGAAGGAUAUGCGCUUGGGGGCUUCACCCAAGUCACCCAAUAACGCGGAACCCCUACGUCAGAUCGACAAUCUCACCCACACGCCAGUGCAGAGCAGCAGUCCAAACGACAUAUCGAAUGCGUCUUACAAGUAUCUGAAGAAGUACCGCCUGCUGCCCGAGGAGCAGCUGGACUAUGCACGGUCGCCACAAUCGCCGCUGGCUGCUCCGCCGCAAAUGCAACUCGAUUUGGAGAAUAUCAGGAACCAGCCGAAACUGAUGUGAAUAGAGUCUUACUUUAUU